GUGUCUUGGUUGCUUCGACUGUUCCGCAGUGACUUCUUUGAGAUUUGGUGGGCUGUCUAUUAUCUGCAUCUGUACCCCGACGCGGGGGUGAGAGACUAUCUCUGCAACCAGCUAUUCUCCUUCCCCAUCUCUCAAUCCGAGUUUUAUCUGCCCCAGAUUGCUGUUUGGUAG